AUGUCUCUUGCGCGCGCCUUUACGACGAGGCGAAAGCAGUCCUCGCAGGAUCUGGGAAUAUUGCCUCAACGGAGCAAUACUACCGCUAAGAAUAACUCUGCGGCAAUUCGCAAUAAGAUAUCUGGUCCUAUGGCCCUUACCCACACAACUAAUAUGCUCGCAUACAACGCACCGGAUUUAUAUCCUCGAUCAGAAGCCUCACCAACUGAAUCCAGCAAAUCCGACGACUCUUCUACUGAUAGUCCUCGUACUAGCUCAUCAUCGCCGCCGACAAGUCCUGACAUCCCAACAGCAGAUCGAUCUGUCACGCCAGAGCACAAUCAUCUUUCGUGCUAUUUCGUCGCUCCAGGCCAGCCCAAGACGCCUUCGAACACCAACGAGGCGCCAAGUAUUCCAAAGCGAUCGCCAUCACACACUAAAAAGGCAUCAAUCGAUAACUUAGCAAACAAAUUUGCGCGCCUUUCCAACCAAUCCGGCAAGUCCGUCUCCACGAAAGCUAGCUUUUCGCUUUCUCGCUCGUCAUCAACCUCGACGACAGCUACUUCUGUUUCAUCCGGUUCUUUCUCGCGCAAAGCAUCUGUGGCUUUAGCUACGGUGCCCCCUAUGCCUCCCGUAGUCACAUCACCACCUCCGGCUCGUCCGACUUUCCGCCGAGACUAUUCCGAGGCCCAGCAUCCUUUUGGUAACGAGCUGGCGCAGGUAUCGGAACUCGCAGAGGAGCUAGGUGUUAAGGACAAGAUGCAAGUUAUCGACGAGGAGGAACAGGAGCUUCUUGCCCGAGGCCUUUGCAGUUUCCGACCCGAGGAUUACUUAGCUGAGGUCCAAGGGCUCUUUGCGACCUUCUUUAAACCCGAACCGGCCGAAAUAGAGCAGGCAUGGAUUUAA